CUCUUAUUCUUAUGGCCUCUUUCUCCAAUUUUGAUGAGAAAGCUUCGUAAAUAAAUUUAUGUGUAAAGACUUUACAAGUAGAAAAAUUGAUUUUCUCAUAUAUAGAUAGCUCCAUCUAGAAGAACAUAAAAUGAUUUAACAUUACUUUUACAUUUAGUUGAGACAAUUACUUUUUUUAAGAAUCUUCAAUCUCAGAAUCCUGAUAUAGUUUUAAGAUGUAUGUCAGUUUUAAGUUACAAGACAGUAAAAAAAGAAGAAGUAAUCAAAAAUUUUAUAAUAUUAAGAUAUUGUUUCAUGUAGGAGAUUCAGGGUCUCUAUUUUACAUAAUUCUUAAAGGAUCUGUUGGAGUUUUUAUUUUAUUACCAAAUCCUGAAGUUUCAAAUAAAUUUGAAUUAAAAGAAGUGAAUGUAUUAAAGGCUGGAAAUAGUUUUGGAGAAUUAGCUUUAUUGAAUGAUAAUGCGAAACGAACAGCAACAAUAAUAGCAAAAGAAGAUUGUAUGUUUGCAGUGAUGGAGAAACAUGAUUUUAAAACAAUAUUGGGAGCUUAAGAAUAAGAAAAAGUUUAGGAUAGGAUAUCGUUUUUAUGUUCUGUAAUAAAAUGAGAGAUAUUAUUAUGAUUAUAGUUCCCAUUUUUAUAAUCGUGGUCAUUUAGAGAAAUAAAGACAAUAAGUUAUCAUUUUGAACCAAUUUAAGUAACAUUAAAUUAGGCAGUGAUCAAAUAGAAUGAUUACUGCUCUAAUUUUUAUAUAGUUAGAGAAGGGUACGAUAUCUAUUAUGUUAUUUAGAAAGUAAUUUCGAAGUAACAUAUGCAUUAAAUGAUUCUCAUAAAUUAAAAGGAAUAUCUACUACUCAUAGUAUGUAAUAUUAAUAAUUUAAUAAUUGAUGUGUAUUAGGACCAGGAGAGUUUUUUGGUGAAGAAGCAUUUUUAAUGGAUGAUGGAAAGACAUUUAUAUUGAAAUUAUUCAAUAUAUUUACAAU